GUAAAAAGUAUACUGCGUCCGGAACCCGGAUCCCUUUAAGAGUUGCACGAUCGCCUCCACACGCCGAACUGCAGUCAAAUGACCGAAAUGUCACCUGUAAUGUACUUAAUACUGCGUGACAAAUAUUGUGAAACCGACUUUUAAUCUUCAAUCACAUACUGCCAUUUAAAAGUUUCUGCUUACUGUCGAGGGUUUCUAUUGUAAUAUUAGCUUAGCAUUAGCUUCUAGCUUCGGUUUUAGUCAAUCCUGUCAACACUGCAAAGUUAAAGCAGAUAUAACUGGAUGUAAUGGAAAAACAGGCAGAAGAAAUAGCUGCUAUGGGGACACCCAAAGUUGUUAAGGGGGAAGCAGCCCUCAUACCCCAAUUCAUCACCACCAAAGCCAUGUUUCACGAGUUUCUAGACGCAGAGUGGCAAAGCUCGCGGGUAUGUAAAAACAGACAGGCAGCGGAGGAGUCCAAUGAAGCAACCGUGCAGGAACCUGAAACCAAAAAGGUUAAAUUAGACAAAGAGGGAAACGAUAAAGGCGGAAAGCCGGAUGGUAAACAUCUCCGGGGGCAGUACAAGUUCAGGCCGCACAAGAAGCCGACCACCUAUGAUGAGAGAAGAUUGUGUCUUUCAGUUACUCAGGACAACAGGGAAUGUCCCUUCGGAGACAAGUGCCACUUUUACCACGAUGUCGCUGCCUAUCUGGCCACCAAGCCUGCCGACAUCGGAGAGAGCUGCCAUAUCUACAACACGUAUGGGAAGUGCACCUACGGUCUCACUUGUCGUUUCGCCAAGGCGCACACCACCGCCGACUUUAAGACAAUGGAGAACGCAGACGUGGUCAAAGCCAACGAGGGCAGGAUGGCGGUGAAGAACAGUCUGAGUAAGGAGCUCCAGAACCGCCUCAGGAAGCAUUCGGUAGAGUUCAGGAAGUCGGCAGAGUACCUGAAAACCCUUCCUAACAACAAGGAGAAAAAAGGACACCAAGGCAACGGUAGGAAGACGUUUUUUCUGUUUGUCCUCAGUGAAACAAAAUCAACCUCACAUUUUUCAGGUGUAGCACCACAAGCGUCAACAGCAGAGUCUACAGACUUAGAGACACAGGCCAGGUCAGAGAAAGCAGCCGCAGUGAAGACGGUCGGCAUGUUGACUGACGAGGAUGUCAUCAAGUUGCGACCGUGUGAAAAAAAACAGGUGGACUUCCGAGACAAACUCUACCUCGCCCCCCUAACGACGUGUGGCAACCUACCCUUCCGACGUGUGUGCAAGCGCUUCGGAGCCGACAUCACCUGUGGAGAAAUGGCCAUGUGUACCAAUCUGCUCCAGGGUCAACAGUCCGAGUGGGCUCUCCUCAAGAGACAUGAGAGUGAAGACCUGUUUGGAGUCCAGGUCGAGGGCUGCUUCCCUGACACCAUGACGAGAUGUGCCGAGCUCAUCAACAACAACACUGACGUAGACUUUGUGGACAUAAACUCAGGGUGUCCCAUUGACUUAGUGUACAAGAAGGGCGGAGGUUGCGGCUUGAUGACACGCACCCGAAAGUUUGAGCAGAUAAUCAGGGGGAUGCACCAUGUGCUCGAUGUCCCUUUAACAGUGAAGAUCCGCACCGGCGUUCAGGAGAAAAGCAACAUAGCACAUAAACUCAUCCCAGAGAUGAAAAACUGGGGCGUCUCUAUGAUCACGCUGCAUGGCCGUUCCAGAGAGCAGCGCUACACCAAACUUGCAGACUGGGACUACAUCACCACCUGCUCCCAGCUAGCCAGCCCCAUCCCGCUCUUUGGUAAUGGAGACAUUUUGUCCUAUGAGGACGCCAUGAAAGCCAAAGAAACGGGUGUUUCUGGUAUUAUGAUUGCAAGGGGGGCUCUGGUUAAGCCCUGGAUCUUCACUGAAAUCAAGGAGAGCCGCCACUGGGACAUCUCCUCCAGCGAGCGACUUGACGUCCUCCGGGAUUUUGCCAACUUCGGCCUGGAGCACUGGGGCUCAGACACGCGAGGUGUGGAGAAGACUCGAACCUUCCUGCUGGAGUGGCUCUCAUUCAUGUGCAGGUACAUCCCAGUGGGCCUGUUGGAGCGGGUGCCUCAGAAGAUCAAUGAGAGGCCUCCAUACUAUAUGGGCAGGAACUACCUGGAGACACUCAUGGCCAGUCAGAAUGUUGGGGACUGGAUCAGGAUCAGUGAAAUGCUGCUAGGACCUGUACCCCCAAACUUCAACUUCUUGCCCAAACACAAAGCAAAUUCAUACAAGUGAUUUUUUUUUCUCUUUACCAUAUUGGACAAUUUAUUUUUUUGGGCAGAGUGUGACUGAAAAGACAACUUACAAUUUAGUUUAGGUUUUUGGUACAAAUGUACUGAGCAAUAAAGUAUACGUCACACUUAAA